AUGGAAGUCUCGUACGGAGCCCCAUGCCACGCGAAUCGUGUCUUCCCUCCAGACAGGUCUACCCCAUCAGGCAGGAACUCUAGCGACGUUUCUCCAAGCAGCGCUCGUCAAAAUAGGGCAUCAACUACACAUGCCCGAUACCACACCAUCCAGUGGCACACUCUCCAUCUUACGAACAGCCCCAUAGCCGACCUCGCCGUACAAUCAAUCCGCAAUUCUAAACCGGCAGAUCACGGCACCCCACCGAUCUUCACCACCCCAAAUCCUCCUUACCCUGUAGCGCCUUUUCGGGGCGAUCGCGAUUCACCAACGCCUGACAGCGGCGGCAGUCGUCCACCAAUAAUUGACACGCACUGGAUAAUCGCUUCCACUAACGGAAAACGACUCAUGUACUCGCUAGAGCCGGACGAAUUGUCCUCUGCUGGGGGAAACGUAGGUGUUACAAAGUGCUCCAUUGAGUUGGCGGAUGCGGCGUUCGGUCAGUCGGCUGUCCUGGGACUAGGGGAGACUUUGUGGCUAGCGCGGUCGCCAAUUGAGGGCUUUUUAGUAAGUUUUGGGCUACAAUCGGGGUGGUGGGAACGAAUGCUGGUAGGGGAUAUGCAGAAGCCGGCGGCAAAAGUAGCAUUGAAGGCGGCGAGGACAAGCAGAAAUCGAUCAAGUGAACAGCUUUCGGAGUGUCGGAGCGGGUUCAAUUCUAUCACUACCAAGGUUGCGGUCAUCGUAGUCAAUGCCAAAGACGCAACGGCCAGGCAGCGACCAGAUCUCCUAGGGGUGCCAAGGAGCCUCCACGAAUCAAACGACAUCUGA